AUGAGAGCUGCAAGUGGUAAUAUGGAUCCUAAUUCCAAGAGAUUUAUUUAUCGUGUUAAUAAAGAAGAAAAUCGUAAAGAAUUAAAACAUGUAAAAAUUGAUGAAUCAAGCGUCAUAAAAUCUGAUAUUAGUACUAAAAAAAAUAAGAAAAAUAAAAUGGAAUUACCUAAAAAAAAAUAUUAUAGACAAAGAGCACAUUCAAAUCCUUUCUCAGAUCAUCAAUUAGAAUAUCCAUCAUGUCCAGAAGAUAUGGAUUGGAGUAAACUAUAUCCUGCAUUUAAAGAUGAAAAUUCAGGUGAGAUGACUAAAGAAGUUACUAUUGCAGAUAUUGGUUGUGGGUUUGGUGGAUUAAUGAUUGAUUUAUCACCUGCAUUUCCUCAACAACUUAUUUUAGGGAUGGAAAUUCGUGUUCAAGUGACAAACUAUGUUGAAGAUAGAAUUAUUGCUUUAAGAAGUAAUCAUGCAAAAGAACAAACUUAUCAAAAUAUCAAUGUCCUUAGAGGUAAUGCUAUGAAAUUUUUACCAAAUUUUUUCCAUAAAGCACAAUUAUCUAAAAUGUUUUUCUGUUUCCCUGAUCCUCAUUUUAAACAAAGAAAGCAUAAAGCAAGAAUUGUCACAAAUACUUUAUUAAGCGAAUAUGCUUAUGUCUUGAAAGAAGGUGGUAUCAUAUACACAAUUACUGAUGUUGAAGAUUUACAUAAUUGGAUGGUUAAACAUCUUACUGAGCAUCCAUUAUUCGAAAGGUUAAGUAAAGAAUGGGAAGCAAAUGAUAAAUGUGUAGAAAUUAUGACUAAUGCUACCGAAGAAGGUAAAAAAGUAGCAAGAAAACAAGGUAGUAAAUUUGUUGCUUGUUUUAAACGUUUACCAAAUCCUGAAAUCAUUUAA